AUGGCAUACGACUAUGCGUUCGUGCAUCUCAAAUAUACAAUACCAUUGGCUGGUCUCCUGACCUUUGUUCUAAAGCCCCUCCUUACCAGGCUGGACCUGUAUAAGACCUUGGCCUUGAUCAUCAUUGCCUUUACGGCAACGUUGCCCUGGGACUCGUAUCUUAUACACCAUGGCGUCUGGACCUAUCCGCCAGAUGCAAUCGUCGGCUUGCGGCUCUUUGCAGUCCCAGCCGAGGAGCUAUUCUUCUUUGUAAUACAGACAUACAUCACGUCGAUGAUCUACAUCCUCUUCAACAAGCCAAUCUUACAUGGGCAAUAUUUGACCAAUGAACACGAUGUGUCCUCCGUGGUCAGGACGAUACGCGUAGCCGGGCAGGCUUUUCUGGCUGGGUGUACUGCAAUCGGAGCAUACCUGGUUGCAAAGGGUGGCGAGGGAACAUACCUGGGGCUUAUUCUGGUAUGGGCUUGCCCAUUUGCAUUGCUUACGUGGACCUUUUCCGGAUACUUCCUGAUCAAGCUACCUCUAAUAUCUGUCGCUACGCCAAUCCUGCUACCGACCGUGUAUCUGUGGGUGGUGGACGAGCUGGCUCUGGGCAGAGGAACAUGGUCGAUAGAGUCUGGCACAAAGCUGGGAUGGUGUUUGUUCGGAAGCCUAGAGUUGGAGGAGGCUGUCUUCUUCUUUGCCACCAACUCGCUGAUUGUCUUUGGCCUGGUGGCAUUCGACCGUGGCAUGGCUGUGCUCAACAUGUUUCCCGACCUCUUUCCUAGGGUUCCAACCACGCCCUCGCCAGUCCUGUUGCUCAAGGGUGUUCUCGCAGAUCGAUCCAAGUACGACAUGGACCGGGUGCGCGGCCUGCGCGAGGCUGUGGUGACGCUGAGGCGCAAGAGCCGUAGCUUUUACUUGGCUAGCUCCGUUUUCCCUGGCCGCGUGCGUAUCGAUUUGGUCUUGCUGUAUUCUUUCUGUCGAGUAGCGGACGAUUUGGUCGAUGAUGCCAGAACAGAGGCCGAGGCAUUGGAAUGGAUUGAAAAGCUCACGCGCUAUUUGGAUCUGGUGUAUGCAUCCAAGACGCCAGUCUCGCCAGCAGAUGACCCACAUGUUCUGAAAUACAUCAAGAACAACUUUCACGAAUCAGACCAGUCCGCCUUGAGACUUCUACCCGCCAAGUUACUACCUAGCGAGCCUUUGUACGAGCUUCUCGAGGGCUUCAAGAUGGACUUGACGUUUGCCCACACGGGAGGGAAAGGUGAGCCCCAUUUACCAGAGAACUUCCCCAUCAAAAAUGAGCAAGACUUGGAAUUGUACGCCGCUCGAGUGGCCAGUACUGUUGGAGAGCUUUGCCUCUGGCUGGCUUUUCACCAUGGCGAAACACGUCUCCCGGGAGAUAAGGAGGCAAUCUUGGUACUGGCGGCCAAGACAAUGGGUCACGCGCUACAAUAUGUCAACAUUGCAAGAGAUAUCGCCGUGGAUGCAGAGAUGGAGCGCGUGUAUCUUCCAACCAACUGGCUCAAGGAAGAGGACGUCACACCUAGGGACAUUAUCAAGGCGCCUCGGCAGGCUGUCGUGGAGAAGCUACGAGAACGGCUUCUCGACCUUGCUUUUAAGGAGUAUGCACGAUCCCGGAAAGACAUGGAAAUGCUUCCAAGCGAUAUCCGCGGCCCGCUCAUCGUAGCCGUCGAGUCCUACAUGGAGAUUGGGCGUGUGUUGAGGGAGAAGAAGGCGGUGCAAUCUACGAAGAAUGCAAAAAGAGCUACGGUCCCCCGAUCCAGAAGGCUGUGGGUUGCUUGGAAGAAUUUGGCAAGUCAAUGA